CCGUGCCGCUGCCGCCGCCUCCGCCUCCGCCCGCCGCGCGGACCGAGGGAGCGGGGUCGCCACCGCCUGCCCGCCCGCGUGCCGGGGCUGCGGUGGGCCAGGAUGUCGGGCUUCCUGGAGGAGCUGCUCGGCGAGAAGCUGGUGACGGGUGGCGGCGAGGAGGUGGACGUGCACUCGUUGGGCGCCCGCGGCAUCUCGCUGCUCGGUCUUUACUUCGGCUGCAGCCUGAGCGCCCCCUGCGCGCAGCUCAGCGCCAGCCUGGCCGCCUUCUACGGCCGCCUGAGGGGGGACGCGGCGGCCGGGCCGGGGACCGGGGCCGGGGCCGGGGCUGGGGCCGGGCCAGGGCCAGGGGCCGGGGCAGCCGCGGAGCCCGAGCCUCGGCGGCGCCUGGAGAUCGUCUUCGUGUCCUCGGACCAGGACCAGCGCCAGUGGCAGGACUUCGUGCGGGACAUGCCGUGGCUGGCGCUACCCUACAAGGAGAAGCACAGGAAGCUUAAACUUUGGAACAAGUACCGAAUUUCCAACAUUCCAUCACUAAUAUUCCUAGACGCCACCACCGGGAAGGUCGUGUGCAGGAAUGGGCUGCUGGUGAUCAGAGACGACCCAGAAGGUCUGGAAUUCCCUUGGGGACCUAAACCCUUCAGGGAAGUCAUUGCAGGGCCCUUGCUUAGAAAUAACGGGCAGUCCCUGGAGAGCAGCAGCCUGGAGGGGUCUCACGUGGGAGUCUAUUUCUCUGCACAUUGGUGUCCACCCUGCCGAAGCCUCACCCGGGUCCUGGUGGAAUCCUACCGGAAGAUCAAGGAGGCAGGCCAGAACUUUGAGAUCAUCUUUGUUAGUGCAGACAGGUCAGAGGAGUCAUUCAAACAGUACUUCAGUGAGAUGCCCUGGCUCGCUGUCCCCUACACUGAUGAGGCCCGGCGGUCACGCCUCAACCGGCUGUAUGGAAUCCAAGGCAUCCCCACGCUCAUCGUGCUGGACCCGCAGGGCGAGGUGAUCACGAGGCAGGGCCGGGUGGAGGUGCUCAACGACGAGGACUGCAGGGAGUUCCCGUGGCACCCCAAGCCCGUGCUGGAGCUCUCCGACUCCAACGCUGUGCAGCUCAACGAGGGCCCCUGCCUCGUCCUUUUUGUAGAUUCUGAGGAUGACGGAGAGUCCGAGGCAGCCAAGCAGUUGAUUCAGCCAAUAGCUGAGAAAAUCAUUGCCAAGUACAAAGCCAAAGAGGAGGAGGCGCCACUUCUAUUCUUUGUAGCUGGGGAGGAUGACAUGACUGACUCCCUGCGAGAUUACACCAACCUGCCCGAGGCUGCCCCUUUGCUCACCAUCCUGGACAUGUCGGCCCGGGCCAAGUAUGUGAUGGACGUGGAGGAGAUCACCCCUGCCAUCGUGGAGGCCUUUGUGAAUGACUUCCUAGCAGAAAAGCUCAAACCAGAGCCCAUCUAGUGGGGCUGCGGCCUCCUGGGACAUUAUUUAAAACUCAGUCUUCUUCUCCCUCUGUCCCUUCCCUCCACCCUUGGACUUCUCCAGCGUGUCCUGAAUCACUCAACCCAGUGUCCAUCCUCUCUGUGGUGCCUUGUUUCUGCAUUAACUCCUCAGCCAGCACCAGGGUGCCCAUCCUCCCAGCAGCAGCAGCACCCACUGUGUUUGGAGACUCUGCUUGGGAUUAUCAUGGGGAUGGCACAACCUGGCCAGAACUGGACUGCGUUACUCUCUCAAAGUCACUAGCUCUCGGUGAAGGGCCUGCCAGGGCGUUCUUCAGCAGAGCGAGCGUGGAGGGAUGACGGCUCGGGGCUCUGACUCUGGUGUCAGCACACACUCAGAGCCUGGGACAGCCAGCGGCACUGCCCAGUGACACACGGACACGCAGCUGGAGCAGAGAAAGGGCUGUGGCCUCACUGGGCAUCAGCCUAGUGCUAUCGGUGAGACUGUCCUUUUCUUAGCGAUGUAGUCAUUCUUGGUCUGAGGGGAAAACAGCAGCUUGUCAGUGUGCUCUUGGGCAGGGCAUUCCAAAUCUAAAAGGAAGCUUAUGGGGUCUUUUUGGUGAGAAAAACAAGUAGCUAAGGUAAUGGUUCCUAUGGCAAUUGCCUACUUUUAUUGGCUGGGCUCCUGUGUGAUAUGAGCUCCUCAUUCCUUCCUUAUAUCUCUUUCUUCCUUGAUCUUGACCUUCCCCAAGUUUCUACUGCUCAUAUGAACAGCUCCCACUACCUUGGAGUUUUGUUAAUGAAUUCUUCCCCUUGGACGCCUUCCAAGAAACUCAGUCCUGAGUUCUCAGAGGAGCACGGCCCGGCCAGCGCAGACCUCUCUCUCAGCCCAGCUCUGUGCCCAAGGCCGCUGGACCUCUGCCGAGGUGUCUGCGCCCACCUUUGGUUACCCCUGUCAUUCUCUUUUCUUUUCAAAGCAUAACUAAAAAGAGACAAGAAACUACCAGAAGCCUCCCUUUUUCCUAAGAACCGGCAGAAGGAGCCGUGCCCUGGGGUGGGAGUGAGGGCAGAGGGCAUGUCAACUACAAAUAGGCCCUGGAGCCCCUCUGCUAGGCCCAGGUAUUGUAGCUGGGCCUCUUAUUUGGACUGAAGUGACCACAGAAAGGGAAACAACAACUCUGUUCCUAGGACCUGGGGUGGAGGGCUUUGGCCCAGGUACUCACGGGGUUUCAUCCUCCUCAGUCAGGUGUCGGGGUCUUUAAACAGUCCUGGGCCUUACUGCUCAGCACUCAGCACUCUGCCAAACAAAACCAUUUAUUUGGAAAACCCAGCCCCUCCAAUAAGCUGUUGACACUGUUUUUUCCUUACCAAAUCAGAUUGUUGAUUUGUAGUUCAGAGGUACAAAGUUAGUUGGUAAUUAGACUGUUAUUUGAUGUUGCCAGCCUGAAAUGCAACCACCUAGUAAGAAAUAAAGCAGGCAUCUCUGGACAUUAUCAACCACGUGGCCUUUCCUGUCCUCUUUUUUUGCCUGUGCUGCUCUGAUCUGUUAGAGGGUGGGCAGGAGAGUGAGGGACAGAGAGAACCUCGUGAUUUUCAUUGAUAGCUGGUAGCUGUGUUCUAGUAUUUCUGAGAAGCCCAAGACCUAACAUAGUCAUCUGUCAGAUCUUCUUGGUUUCUAAAAGCAAGGAAGCUUGUUUGGAUUAAAGCGCCAGAGGCAGAUCCUUCCUGGAGCUCCCUAUCAAGCCACUCUCUCUCCUGGUUUGACGUGGCCCUUGUUGGAGGGUGAGUCCCCAGAUUACACAUCACUGUGGACGUUCGUGCUCAUUCCCUUCCUACAGGGGAGCCAAGCACUCUGAAGCCUGAGAGAGCCCGUGGCGGAAGCACAAGGAAGCACGCCUGGGUCUCCCUGUGAAGAACGGGGCGAGUUGGAGACCUGUAAACCGAGCUCUGUCCUAGGGCUAGAGGCUUCUCCGGAACUCUGCCAAUGUCCCCCUUAGGAGGCGGGCUGGGUGGGGGUACAAAAUGAGGCCAACGUCCCUUGAGAGAUGGGCAGGAUUUCUGUCCAUACCCUAGAUUGUGAUUUUUCAACAGAAAAAUUAGGCCAUUUGUGAUACUUUGGUGGCCUGUACUGAGCUGACUCUUCCGAACUACCAGCCACUAUGUCAAACUGGACCCUUGACACCAGAAUUCCCUUCUUAGGGCAGAUCUGUGGGUUUGUUAAGAUGGGUGGGGGAAGGUUUACUAAAAAGGUUUAGGUUUAUAUAGUGACUACUUUGGGGAAAAACAUUAGGGAAGAAUUUUUCACUGACACUUCUUGAGCGUCAGUGAAAUAAUUAAUCCCUUUCUUGAUAGUGCGAGAGAUCUUAAAGGUUAUUGAUGUACACAAAGUGGGUGGCAUGAUAAUUCCUACCAAGCAGCUCUAAAAUACCUUCAAAUUCAUGUUGCUAAUUAGAAGCAGGUUAAAACACCAGCUGUGACACAGUCAAGGGCUUCCGCCAGCAGCCGGGGAAACCGUGCCCUAGAGGUUGAGCAGGAAGGUGGCUGUAAAAAUGCCACCCUAGGGUUCCCAGAUUUGUGUUCACCACAAUGACUUCCAGAUCCCAUUCUACCUAUUCUCACAACAGAAAUGAGGUUUUUUGUGGUUUUUUUAAACAUGUCUCCCAACAUUAAAAAUCUAUUUAAGAAAAAGGGUGUGCAUUCUGGAUUAUCAUGUACAGUGGGCAAAUAAAAACCAGCUUCUUUUCCAGGA